AUGGAAGUCCAAGCAGAUGGAGACCAUUUCAUAAGCUCGCAGUUGGGAGGCUUGGCAGGCACCCAAAUGGCUCUAAGAGCUGCAAUUGAGCUGAAAGUGUUCAAUAUAAUCGCAGAUGCAGGGCCUGAUGCUCAUCUUUCUGCAGCAGAGAUAAUUUCAAAGAUCCCAACAAAAGAUCCAAGUUCUGCAGCAUGGACUUUGGAGAGGGUGCUAAGAGUUCUUGGUGGAAACUCCAUCUUAUCAAUAAUAUCUCGGAAGCCGUCAGGAAAUAAUGGAGAACAUGGACGCCAUGAAUGGACCUAUGGCCUGACAAAGAAAAGCCGACGCUUAGCGAGUAGCAGUAGUACCACCGACGAGCUGGGAGAUGCUGGAAAGCCAAUAUAUGAUCAAGGAUGCGGUGCUUGA